GCAUUGCUCUUUAGACAUGUAACCUCUCUAAGGGGAGGUGUGUAAGUGCAGCUCUCUCCUUAAAUCACCAUCACUGAUAAAGAGAUCACAAUUAUCUACAAGUUGCAAAGACAAAGAUGGCUAGCUCAGACCUCAGAGUGGUGCUGGUGGGUCAGGAGAGAGUUGGGAAGAGCUCGGCAGGAAACACCAUCCUGGGAAAGAAGGAGUUUGAAUGCCGGUUAAUCUGGACCCCUCUGACUCUGAAAUCUAAGAAGGUAGAAGGCAUUGUUGAAGGUCGUAGAGUGUCUGUGGUGGACACCCCUGGACUCUUCAGUAGUCAGCUUUCUGCAAAGCAGGUGAAAAAACAACUGAACAAGGCUGUCAAGCUGAGCUCACCUGGUCCUCACGUCUUCCUGCUCACCAUUCAGCUGGGGAUGUUAAGCAGAGAGGAGGAGGAAAGUAUGGAGAAGCUGCAAGAGAUGCUGAGUCCGGAUGUCUCCAAGCAUACCAUGCUGCUGUUUACCUACGGAGACAAGCUGGAAGAAACUGACAUGGCUCAGUUCAUCAGAGAGGACACCAAUCUUCAGAAGCUACUGAGCAACUGCAGCGGCAAGUACCAUGUGUUCAACAACAAGAAGAUGGAGGACAGGGAGCAGGUCCAUGAACUGCUGGACAAGAUCCAGGAGAUCUCACAGAAUGGGAGUCUGAGUUAUCAGAGAGAAGGUCCCAUAGAGAGCAUUUCCAGGGGAAUUCUUGAAGGGUGUGAAAGGCUAAUGUCUGAUUUUUACUCUCUCUUCACAAGGGGACAGACAAGUGAAGAGGUCCAUAACAGCGAAGAAAGGCCGAAAAAGAGCAGCUUUAAAAAGAGAAACUCAAAAAAAGAGAAGAGGGCUUAAAUAAUGAAAUAUAAGAAUGGGAAAAAUAUGAAGGAGAAUAUUAGAGAACAUCCAUCCAUCCAUCCAUCCAUCCAUCCAUCCAUCCAUCCAUCCAUCCAUCCAUCCAUCCAUCCAUCCAUCCAAUUCUAACACGCUUAAUCCCAAGUGGGGUGGCGAGGGCUGCUGGUGGCCAUCUCUAGCUGUCAAUGGGCGAGAGGCGGGGUGCAUCCCGGACAGGCCCCCAGUCCAUCACAGGGCUAUUAGAGAACACUUUGGCCUUUUAGUUUAAUCCAUAAAUUUUAAUUAUCUAUUACAUUGCUUAUAUUGCCACAUGAUUUAUCCAAAUUAGAUACAUAAAUAGUUAAUAGAACUGAAUGACUAAAUGCUGAUAAUGCUGAAGUCAAAUGGUAUUUCAAAAAUUAGUAGGGAUACCUAUGCUGCUUUAUUACAAGGUAUAUCUGCAGAAGUAAUGAUAUUUUAGUCUUAUUUGUGGUUCGGUAGUAAAAUGCUCAGAAGAUCAUGUACGCUGGAAAUAACAGUUUAUGAGCCAGGAAAUCUUGGCAAUAACAUAUUUUUCCUUUUUAGGCUAUCAUGCCAAAACACCACAUAAACAUUCCAGUUAGAUUUCCACAUAGUAUUGGUCGUGCACAUACAUUCACACAAUGUUACAGAGAAGAUAUAAACACGGCUUAGGAGGGAGGAGGGUUUGGGGAAAAAGCUUAAGACUUGUGACGAUGAUGAGAUCUGUUUCUGUGUAUUUUUGGAAAGCAUGAUGAAUUGGACUUGUCAAUAAACCUUUUUGUCCCCUGUCUGGUUUUGGACAAAUGAAGAGAAUCGUCUCUAGUGUCUUCAUUUUGUUAAAGAGAAUUCCACCAAUUUGAGCCCCAACAUACACAGAAAAAUAAACUCUUUCAGCGCUGAUCUUGGGGCAGUCACAUCAAAGAAGUGCCAUCAUGGAGAUCAACAUGCCAAGGAACCGAAUCUGCAGACUGAUCAAAGGCUAAGUUGAACUGGGUGCUAACUUCUUAAUAAAAUUUAUCUCUGAGUUUUGGAAACUUUCAUAUGCCUGAAGAGACAAUUGGAGUGAAGCACCUGCAGCAAAAGGAAACUCCCUGCUGUGUAGUGACAUGAUAAGCUGCUGAACACUGGAACUCAGCCUUUUCCAAAACAGAGAUCAGCAAAGGUUAGAGGUCUGGCAAAAGGAAGGAAAGGGCUGGAAAGAGUUUCUAGAGAAUAAUUUGGCUUUUUUGUUCUUCGAUGAUUUUUGAUCAUUGCAUGUGCAUUUACUGUUGUGCAGGAAAAGCUACUGAAUUGAGCUGCAUUGUACACCAUGCUGACAUGUUUUAAACUCUAUUUUAUGAAGCAAAACUAGCUUUCUUUCACUAAGGGUUA